CAAAUAAAGAUCCACCCACUAUUCCCUCUCUCUCUCUCUCUCCUCCUCACAAACAAAUGGAAAUUCCUACCACCCCACUUCCCUCCCAAUGUCCUACACCUCCAUUGGCAGCGGCAGCCUUUCUGCUGUCAAUUCCUCCACCACCACCGUUCCCGGCGCCGCAUACGGUGCCAUACCACCACCGGCCAACUACAUCGCCCCAAGCUUCAACCACCUCGGCCUCGGCUAUUCCAUCGCCAUCGCCCUCGCCUUCCUCGUCCUCCUCUCCACCCUCGUCCUCGCCUCCUACGUCUGCUGUCGCGCCAUCCACCGCCGCCCUCGCCACCAAAACCAAAACCCUAACCCCAACAACUCCGACAACGGCAUCGUCCUCCCCCGUAUAAUAUUCGUUGCCGAGGACGACGACGACGGCACCGAAAACGCCGUCGUAGGGCUGGAUCAAGCAGUCAUCAAUUCGUACCCUAGAUUUCAAUUUUCGAAGGACGGUGGUGGUAGAGGCAAUGAUUCGACGUGUUCGAUCUGUUUGUGCGAGUACAAGGACGCCGAGAUGAUGAGGAUGUUGCCGGAUUGUCGGCAUUACUUUCACUUGAUUUGCAUCGACGCGUGGUUGAAGCUGAACGCGUCGUGUCCGGUCUGCCGGAACUCUCCACUGCCGACGCCGCUGUCCACGCCGCUCUAUGAGGUGGUGCCGCUGUCUCAAUACUCGGAUGGUCGGAGGAGGUGAUGAUUGGUUUGUGGUUUUGGGGUUUCAUGAGAUUGAAUGUGUUUGGUUGCUUUGAAAAAGUAGUACUCCGUAUAGUUUUGGAUAGGAAAUUUGUGGGAAUUGAGAGUUUUGCUUAUGAACGUUUAGCAAAAGCAAUCUUAAAUACAAGAAUUGAGCUUUAGUCUUUUGACAUGAUUUGUUGUUACACAUUUGCUAAAUCUGAACUAUGUAUAUUGCUGGAUAUUCAUGCAAUUUGUGAACAACAUUUCUUAGUUAGGCUAUGUGGAAUAUAUUGGUUUCAAUUUUUUUUU